AUGUGCAGGUUCUCUCUGCCUGUACGGCGGCGGAGGUUCGGACGGUCCCGGGCCCGUGGCCGCCUGGCCUUCGACGGCUGGGGCGCAGGGCAGGAGCGCGCGGCCGCCCUGAGUCUAGUGAGGCUGGCGCCGCGGCCGGGCCGGGUCCGAGGCUCCCGGUCCCUGAACGCGUGGAGGGCAGCGGCCUGGUCUGGCCUCCGCCACGUUGUCGCAAGUACAUUUCAUGUACUUGUCCUGCCUUCCAUUGGAGCUCCUAGAGUCAUUCUGAGUAUUCACUCAUCUAAUGGCUAUGAUGCCAGUGCCAAGUGCCAUUCAAGACACUGUGCCUUUAAUCACAGACUCUUCAAGAUGCUGACCCCUCACAGAAAUGCAGGAACGACUCAGAACAUUAUGACCAUCGCUUUGAAGUUGUCUUCAGGAGAUUUGGGACCCUGCGACUUUGAGGAUUUGUUCCGGGAAGGCGAAGUCCAGCAUCAGUCCUCCCACCAGCAGGGGGUGGCGUACUGCAAGCCAGGAGGCCGGCGGGUCUCUCUUCCACACGUCGCUGGCGUGAUCGUCGGCGCUACAUACUGCGCCUGCGCACGCACCACGGCCUUUUUCCCCCCCCGGAGCCGUGCUGGUUCUGCAGCUCAGUGGCGGCUAGAGCUUCUGUUCUACAGGAUGGGGUUUGUUAAAGUUGUCAAGAAUAAGGCCUACUUCAAGAGAUACCAAGUGAAAUUUAGAAGACGGCGAGAGGGCAAAACUGACUACUAUGCUCGGAAACGAUUGGUAAUUCAAGAUAAAAAUAAGUACAACACACCCAAAUACAGAAUGAUAGUUCGUGUAACUAACAGAGAUAUCAUUUGUCAGAUUGCUUAUGCCCGUAUAGAAGGAGAUAUGAUAGUUUGUGCAGCUUACGCUCACGAACUCCCGAAGUAUGGUGUGAAGGUUGGCCUGACAAAUUAUGCUGCAGCAUAUUGUACUGGCCUGCUGCUGGCACGCAGGCUUCUUAAUAGGUUUGGUAUGGACAAAAUUUAUGAAGGCCAAGUCGAGGUGACUGGAGAUGAAUACAAUGUGGAAAGCAUUGAUGGUCAACCUGGUGCCUUCACCUGUUACUUGGAUGCAGGGCUUGCCAGGACUACUACUGGGAAUAAAGUUUUUGGGGCCCUGAAGGGAGCUGUCGAUGGAGGCUUGUCUAUCCCUCACAGUACCAAACGGUUCCCUGGUUAUGAUUCAGAAAGCAAAGAAUUUAAUGCUGAGGUACACCGAAAGCACAUCAUGGGGCAGAACGUUGCAGAUUAUAUGCGUUACCUGAUUGAAGAAGAUGAAGAUGCUUACAAAAAACAAUUCUCUCAAUACAUAAAGAACAGCGUAACUCCAGACAUGAUGGAGGAGAUGUAUAAGAAAGCUCAUGCUGCAAUACGAGAGAAUCCAGUGUAUGAGAAGAAGCCUAAGAGAGAAGUUAAAAAGAAGAGGUGGAACCGUCCCAAAAUGUCACUUGCCCAGAAGAAAGAUCGGGUAGCUCAGAAGAAGGCAAGCUUCCUUAGAGCUCAGGAACGGGCUGCUGAGAGUUAAUAAACCAAACCACAAUUUAUAUGAAGAUUUUUCAGAUAAAGACAGUAAUAAACUUAUUGAACAAGUAGCUGUUUCUGUGUUAAGCUCUUGUUAAUGAAACUGUGGGAAAUACCUGAAAUUGACAGUAUUUUCCUUCCAGAAACAAGUGUAGCUUUUUCCAGAAAAUCUUACAUAUUGCCUCAAAGUUCAUACCUUGGGCAUCUGUUCUUCCUGACAGGAGUUAUCCCUUGAAUUGUAUGAUGUGCAGCUGUCCUUAAAAAGUCUGGCAAGCAACAGACAAACCUUCCCCUAGAAAUACUUCUUACGUUCAUUUAUUGUAACCACAUGAUGAGUUAGAAGAAAAAGUACCUUCAAAGUUUACAAUUUUAAAGUAAGUGAAACUGAUGCUACUCCAUGGCUUUAGUUCUUGAGAGAUAGGUAGCUGUCCAAUGAAGGUCAUAUAAUUUUAACACAUAUUUAUCCAGGUGAAACCUUUGAGCCGAAAAUACUGGUUCUUUAAUUAUAAGAGGUGUUUUGUUUUAUGGAGUUGAAAGGCCAGAUCUGAAUAAACAAAAGAGAGGAGCAAAUACUAACCCUUGUAUAUCAAGUUUACAUGAGAAAGUGUUAGAUGGAUAUAUUUACAUGCCUCUUGAGAAACAGUCCUUUGGCCAAUAGGGAAUACUGUUUGAAAAUGGAAAAUUAUUAAUAGGAAGUUUAUGAUUUCAGAGUCCUGCUCUUAAUGUCCCACUUUCCCAUAGCUCAGAUUCAGGAUAUGUGUAUCUGCGUUAGGUCUGUGGCCUAAAGAUAACAAGUUUUGAAGACCAGUUGGCUGGCUGAUACUAAGGUACAGACCCUUUAAAUCUAGGAUGAUGAACUCAUGCAUAUUCAGCCUCUAAAAUUGGCAAUUAUAUAUUGCCAAGUAGAAUGCUUCCUGAUGGGUUUUCAGUGGGUAAGAGCCACUCAGAACUUUCUGAAGCCACAUAAAAUGUGAUGUCUAAAUGAGUUAAAUGUAUUUAUAAGAAACCAUGCUAUUAACCCAACAUCUGUUUAUAAAGGAGUAAUUUUAAUUUACCUGCUUUGCAGUCUUAAUUUCUGUUAAUGUGCAAACUUUACCAUGCUGAGACAUUAGUAAAUUUAUAAAUUUUCUUUUUUAAACAGCAGCUUCAAUGCAAACACAAUUUCCAGCACUGAUAUUUUGGCUAACAAAUCUACAAAAUACUCUGACCGUUGAUGUUUAUGGAAUGAGGCUUUUCACAGCAUUAUUUUAAGUCAUUAGUCAAAAUAGUUACACGGUGAAUGUACUAGGAAAUGUACCAGCGUUUCUAAAAGGCAGGAAUGAAUAUUUUUGGACCUUUUGAUCCUAUACCUCCUGCCAUUACUUCAGCAAUCAACAUGUAUUUUAAGAUGAUGGCUUCCUUAGGAUCAGGGGAAAGGAGUUUUGUGAUAACUGGCAAGGAUUUGAAUCAAGCCAUUUAGAAAAAAUGUUCAAGAUUUUUCUUUUGAAGUGCUAAAUUUCUUAAAAUGGUCACAAUGUCCAAAUGAACUAAGAGUCAUUUGUGUAGGAAAUUUUCUUCCACAGUAAUGUUUUUAGGUUAUUUAGUAUCAAAGAAUGUUCCAUUUCCAUUUGAUUUGCUGUGACUUUGAGAGCAAUACAGGAAUACAGCUGCUUUUCUAAUUCUUCACGAAUUUCAACUGGAGCACCACGCAACAGGUAGUCUUUGAGUAACUGACAGGCUUUUGCCAAGUUUGGUUGUAUCACUUCUGAGGUACACUUCAUCGUACUCUGAUCACAGCUAGUUCGACAAUCCGUGCCAUAGACACAGUCCAAAUCAGACUCACAGUGACGAUCCUUUAUAAGUUCUUUCAGGUUUGUCUCUGGCACAAUUUUUCUCAUGUCCACCAUUUUCAGAUCAUACUUAUCAUUAUAUCCUAGGUUUCUGGCACUAGUAUCACACAUGAGGAAGUUUCCAUAGGGGCCAUGGAAAACAUCUUCCACAAAUUCUAGAAGUCCUAUGGCUAUUUUAGCCUUUCUAGGCCAUGAUGGUGUGAACAACUGAUCCAUGCUUCUUCUGAACCCAGAUGGAAUAAAAAGUUCAAUGACCCACGGAAGGCUUAUUCCAUAAAGAGAGGUAUAUUCAACACUUUCCAUCACAUAGAGAUCACCACAGAAUCCCAUUAAUUUGGGGGUAUGUUCUUUAUCUUGAAGUAUUACCAUGAGAAGAAAUUCAUUUAAUUGAAGAAGUGCCCAUGCUGACUUUGCUUCUCCCAAGGAAACCUGGCCAUCUUUGUCUCCAUCAGCCACUGUCAAGAUGAGAUUAACCAGUUCAGAGAGGUUGCCUUGGUCACCCAACUUUGCCUGUAAAGAUAAGAAUUUGGCUAAUUAUACAGAAGCAAUGAAAAGAAUCUCAUAUGUAACAUACUAACUUCCUUUACAGAGAUAAUUACCAUGCUAAGUGAUAAUCUUGCUACUGAAUACCCAUAGGAGACUUAAUACCUUUCCAAAUAUUUAUAAUGUUUGCUAAGUGAGUCAGAACUAUGUUUUAUGUACUUGAGGUAAAACCCACUUUGCUAAGUAUAUUUGUUAAGAAAUGGCCACCUUAACGCCCAUAGCCUCCUUAGACCUUGUAGAUAAAUACAGUUAACCAAGCCAUUAAUUAAUCUUUGUCUUAUUCAUACACUUACUUGCAAAAUUGCAGUGUAGUUUGCCCAUAUCCAAAGUUAAAGGGUCAACUACAAAUUAUUUUCUAUUUUGUAAUUGUUGUUAACAAUUAUUUUAUUCAAGGUGUUCCAAUAAUGAAUGCUACAAGUAUUUCCCUGUGGAGACUCUCUGGCAUAAAACAGUCUAAAAGUGUAAACUGUUCAAAGAAAAGAAAGAUUUUGAGUUAAAAUAUAAGAGCAAUAAAAAUGAGAAAAA